UCAGCUGCACAGACAUGGUGGUCUCCAGGGUGGCCUUGUGAUGCUGCAGGUUCUCAACAUGACAGCUCUUGAGGGCGGCACGUUGGCCCAGCGGGUAGAGCUGCACCAGGGACCCGGGUUCCAUCUUGACCUCGGCUGCUGUCUGUGUGGAGUUUGUGCGUUCUCCCCCUCCACGUUGCUGCCUCUGCUCUCCAGGCUCGCUGCCUAUGUGGAGUUUGCACGUUGCUCCCUCUCACUGCGGGGACUGUGUUCCACGUUGCUGCCUCUGCUCUGCAGGCUCGCUGCGGGUUCUGGUGAGGGGCAGCUGGCAGAUGUUGUGGUGCCGGCUCGACGGUCCGCUGCUGCUGAUGUACGGGGCACCCAGAGGCAGCGGCGCGCUGCAACACUCCAUCGACCUGCGAGGCUGCACGCUGCGGGCACACACAUGCAGCCUGAGCAUCGCCCGUCAGGACAGGGAACUGGCAUUGCUGCAGGCCGUCUCGCUGGAGGAGAGGGGGCGCUGGCUGCGGCUGCUCUCGGCAGCGGGUGGAGCUGAUGCAGACCCCGACCCGGACCCGGACCAUGCCUACGAGGACCCGUCCCUUGCAACCGGAGCGUGGAAUGGUGCCGGCAAUGGACCCGUCAGUGGGUUGCUGCAGCGGAGAGUCACAACACCCAACGCCUACAUGGAUGACCCGUUUGGCCAAGUGUCCGUCCAGCCUACCCCAGGGGACGGAGACAGAGACAGUGACAGAGACGGUGACGGCAGCCCUUCACCCCAACAGCAGAGGCUGGCUCUGCCCAACCAGCAGCUGGGAGACCAAGAAGGCACCAGAUUUGCGGAGAAUUACCAGCGCAACACCAACAGCAGCCAGGGGGCGAGGUACAACACCCUGCCCAGUGCCAGAUUUCUAACAUCUUGGGGUGAAUUGGAAAGGAAAGCACCUGAAGAUGAAAGAGCAGCUGCCCGGGACCAAUCCACACAGACAGACAAGAAAGACUUCAAAGCAGCGAUGGAUCCAUUGCCUGAACGGAAGGCGUUGCCACGUCUGGAGGAGAAGAUGCGUCGCCUGGAGCAGGCGGUGCUCCGGGCCAAGGAGAGGGUGAAGUCCGGCUCCGAGCUCAACCUGCUCUCGCUCAGCAAGACCUUCAAACGCGCCUCCUGUGGGCACAGCCUGGCGCUGUUCUCCUCCAGCUCUGAGACGGCCGACCCAGAGGUUGCGAUCGUGAGUCCGAUCCUGAGGCGCACGGCAUCUGCCAAAUGCAGCCUGAGACGGGCACCCUCGGUUCUGGGCGUUGAGAGGGGCAGAGUGCUUCAGAAAACAAAGGAAUGGGAGAUGAAGUCCUCAGUGUAAAGGACAUGGAAAGGGAUGUCCGAGUCUUCAGCCAGGAGUGAUCUCGUGGAGUGUGGACACGCUGCUCCGUGAGACUCUGCGCUCUCAGUGGUGCAAU